AUGCAAUCUUGCAACAGCAAUAUGACGGUGGUGGAAGAAAUAUCGCAGGACCACUAUACUCCGUCACGGGUUCUGUUCUAUCCCCUGGUGCUAAUCGCAACCUCUAUUUGGCUUCUGUACCGAUGGCAACAGCAAACAAAAAUAUUCAAGUUGGGCAACAGAUUGCCCGGCCCGUCCACAGUACCAUUAUUUGGCAAUGCAUUGUUGGCGGUGGGCAAAAAACCCGAUGAAUUAAUAACUAUGGGUUUGGACUACAUCGAGAAAUACGGAACAGUAGUGCGUGGUUGGAUUGGCUCUAAGCUAGUUGUGUUCCUUUGCGACGCUGACGAUGCGGAGGUCAUCCUUAACAGCCAUGUGCAUAUCGACAAAUCCUCUGAGUACAGGUUCUUCAAACCCUGGCUUGGCGAAGGUCUAUUAAUCAGCUCAGGCGAGAAAUGGAGGUCCCAUCGCAAAAUGAUCGCCCCUACGUUCCACAUUAACAUCCUGAAGUCAUUCAUCGGUGUAUUCAAUCAAAACAGUAGAAAUGUGGUGGAGAAGAUGCGCGGCGAGAUGGGAAAAGUAUUUGAUGUCCACGACUACAUGAGCGGAGUGACAGUCGAUAUUUUACUAGAAACCGCUAUGGGGAUUACCAGAGAAACUCAAGACCAAUCUGGUUUCGACUACGCUAUGGCUGUAAUGAAAAUGUGUGACAUUAUCCACCAAAGGCAUUACAAAUUCUGGAUGCGUUUCGAUUCCAUUUUCAAAUUCACCUCCUUUUUUGAGAAGCAAAAGCAGCUUCUGAACAUUAUUCAUGGUUUAACUAACAAGGUGAUAAAGAACAAAAAGGAGAUUUACAUACAAAAUAAAGCUAAGGGGAUAAUACCACCGACUAUUGAGGAACUGACACGUUCAACCGAUCCGAAUGAUUCGAAUUUAGCAAAUGCUCAAACUCUAGCCGAUACAGUUUUCAAAGGAUAUCGCGACGACUUGGAUUUUAACGACGAAAAUGACGUGGGUGAGAAAAAACGUUUGGCGUUCCUGGACCUGAUGAUUGAGUCCGCACAAAACGGUACCAAUAAGAUUACUGAUUUUGAAAUAAAGGAAGAAGUUGACACUAUUAUGUUCGAGGGCCAUGACACCACUGCUGCUGGCUCCAGCUUCGUGUUAUGUCUUCUCGGCGUCCACCAGACCAUUCAAGCGAAGGUUUACGACGAACUUUACGAGAUCUUCGGCGAUUCCGACCGACCGGUCACAUUUGAGGACACCUUACACAUGAAAUACCUAGAAAGAGUGAUUUUCGAAUCCCUGCGUAUGUAUCCACCCGUUCCCAUUAUCGCAAGAAAAUUAAAACGGGACGUGAAAAUAGCUACAAACAAUUACGUUCUUCCCGCUGGUGCAACAGUUGUUAUUGGAACAUACAAAAUUCACCGGAACCCCAAAUACUACAAGAACCCCGACGUGUUUGACCCAGACAACUUCCUCCCGGAAAAUACGCAAAACAGACAUUACUACAGCUAUAUUCCCUUCAGUGCCGGGCCAAGAAGUUGCGUUGGCCGCAAGUAUGCUAUUCUGAAGUUGAAAGUUCUACUAUCCACUAUUUUGCGAAACUACAAAAUGGUGUCAGACAUCACCGAAGACCAGUACCGGCUCCAGGCUGACAUCAUUCUGAAGAGAACUGAUGGCUUCCGCGUUCAGAUAGAACCUAGAAAAAGGGUUCCGUCUUCUGUAGCA